AUGGUGCCGGCGGGCGAGCGGGCCAGGAGCCGGGCGCGGCCGGGGACGCCGAUGGGGACCGCGCGGGGCGGCAGCCCCAGGAGCCCGCGGGUGGUGCAGACUAGGCCUUCCCGGACGAGUCAGCGCUACCGCGGCUGUGGCCGGGCCAAGCCGCAGGUCUUGCCUUGCCUCGCCUCCUACUCCGCCGCCGCCUCCUGUCAGCAGCUCAGCCACUGCGGUGACUCGGAUGAAGAUUCAGGGACUGAAGUGGGAGAAGGGACAGAUGAAUGGACCCAGUCCAAAGCCACAGUUAGACCCCCUGACCAGCUGGAGUUGACUGAUGCGGAGUUAAAAGAGGAGUUCACCCGGAUCCUGACAGCCAAUAACCCACACGCACCCCAGAACAUUGUCAGGUACAGCUUCAAAGAAGGCACAUAUAAGCUUAUUGGCUUUGUGGACCAACUAGCAGUUCACUUCAGCCAGGUUGGGAACCUGGUCCCCAAAGACUCGGAUGAAGGACGGCGACAGCACUACCGCGACGAGUUAGUGGCAGGUUCUCAGGAGUCUGUCAAGGUGAUGCUUUCAGAUACAGAAAACUUUGAAGAAGACGAAGAGCCCAAAGAAGCAGAAACUGAAGCUGAGAGUCAAACCGAUGUGCCUGUAACUGGGGUAGCUGAAAAUGUGACAGAAGAAGAACUGAUGACUCCUAAGCAGCCCAAGGAGCGAAAGCUCACUAACAAGUUCAACUUCAGUGAGAGGGCCUCACAGACCUUCAACAACCCUCUUCGGGAUCGAGAAUGCCAGAUGGAGCCUCCUCCCAGGACAAACUUUUCAGCCACAGCCAAUCAGUGGGAGAUCUAUGAUGCCUAUGUAGAGGAGCUUGAGAAGCAGGAAAAGACCAAAGAGAAGGAGAAGACAAAGACACCUGUGGCUAAAAAAGUGGGGAAGACAGCCAUGAGGAAGCUGACAUCUAUGGAGUCCCAGAGUGAUGAUAUCACCAAAGUGUCCCAAGCUGCUAAAAUCGUGGAACGGAUGGUCAACCAGAAUACAUAUGAUGACGUUGCUCAAGAUUUUAAGUACUAUGAAGAUGCUGCUGACGAAUACCGGGACCAGGAGGGUACACUGCUGCCGCUCUGGAAGUUCCAAAACGACAAAGCCAAGCGCCUGGCCGUCACCGCCCUCUGCUGCCACCCAUCUUCCUGCUCAGAUGACUUCAUGAAGCAGAGCCGGGGCAUGCUGCUGCUCUACAGCAUGAAGAACCCCAGCUUCCCCGAAUACAUCUUCAGCAGUGACAGUGGCAUCAUGUGUCUCGACAUGCAUGUGGACCACCCCUACCUGGUGGUGGUGGGCCACUACGAUGGCAAUGUGGCCAUUUACAACCUCAAGAAGCCCCAUUCCCAGCCCUCCUUCCGCAGCUCAGCCAAGUCUGGCAAGCACACGGAUCCUGUCUGGCAGGUCAAGUGGCAGAAGGAUGACAUGGACAACAACCUUAACUUCUUCUCUGUGUCAUCUGAUGGCAGGAUUGUGUCUUGGACGCUUGUGAAGAGCGAGCUGGUUCACACAGAUGUCAUCAAGCUGAAAGUGGAAGGCAGCACCACGGAAGUUCCUGAGGGGCUGCAGCUAUACACAGUGGGCUGUGGCACCGCCUUUGACUUCCACAAAGAGAUUGAUUACAUGUUCCUAGUGGGCACAGAGGAGGGAAAAAUCUACAAGUGCUCUAAAUCCUACUCCAGCCAAUUCCUCGACACCUAUGAUGCCCACAAUAUGGCAGUGGAUGCUGUGACCUGGAACCCAUACCACACCAAGGUCUUCAUGUCCUGCAGCUCUGACUGGACAGUGAAGAUCUGGGACCACACCAUCAAGACUCCAAUGUUCAUCUAUGACCUGAACUCAGCCGUGGGCGAUGUGGCCUGGGCACCAUACUCUUCUACUGUGUUUGCCGCAGUCACCACAGAUGGGAAGGCCCACGUGUUUGACCUGGCCAUCAACAAGUACGAGGCCAUCUGUAACCAGCCUGUGGUGGCCAAAAAGAAGAACAAGAUCACCCACGUGCAGUUCAAUCCCAUCCACCCCAUCAUCAUCGUGGGUGAUGACCGUGGGCACAUCACCUGCCUCAAACUCUCACCCAAUUUGCGCAGGAUGCCAAAGGAAAAGAAGGGACAGGAAAUGCAGAAGGGUCCAGCUGUGGAGACUGCAAAAUUGGACAAACUGCUGAAUCUGUACUUGCAGUGCCUGCCCCUGGUGUCCAGCCCAGCCUUAGCAACCAGCAUGUGA